GUCAUUGCUGCAUUUUAAUUGUGAGUACAUAUAUGCUGUCGUACACUUAAAGCCAAAACUGGGGAGUUGUACAGAUAUCCACGCUUUCACGUCAUGUAUGCAAAUCAGUAUCCCCGUGCGAGCCAUGCUGCCCAGAUUCCUACCGGCUGGCAGCCUCCCUACCAGGGCGCUCCACCGAUUCCGCAGGGUUGGAACGUCAAGCCUAAUGAAUGGAACCAAGGUCAAUGGCAGUUCAAUCCUGCCUUCAACCACCACCACCAUCAGCAGCCGUCCCAGCAAUAUAUUCCCUGGAUCCCUAGUCAAUCAUGGGCUGGAGCACAGCAGCAGCAGCAGCAACAACCCCAACAACAACAGAAUCCUUACCAGCGGCCCAUAAAGCCGCCAAGUGCGGAAUAUCUGGCCCAACCUGUGAAGGAAAAUGCUUUGGACCUAACGGGCAUGAUUCCAAGGUUCGUUCUAUAUCCGCUGUUCUCUAUUCUUUCAUUAAUCGCUUCCUCGUUUCCAGGGCACAAGUAUACGGCGAAGAGAACAGCGAUGACGAUGCACCACACACACCAUGGAUAUGGAAUCCUCGAGGCCUAGUGGAGAAGGAGGAUGAACAAGGUCUCAUCCAAGCUGAGUAUUGUGAUGCGCACGGCAAUCGCUUUCUGCAAUCUCGCGGCCCUACGCCGACGCGUCGGCGCUCAUCCCUCGAACACGAGGCACCACCGUCUCCCUCACCUUUGCGCCUUCAGCGUCAUACGAGUACUCGACAAUCAUCUGAGCCUUCGCCACAGAUCUACGCUGCUGUACCUGCUCCCCGGCGAGGUGCCUCUGAGCCGCCUGUGACUCAAUUGUCGUCAUACAGCCAACAAAGCCGCCACAGUUCUCCGGAACCACGGCAGCCUCAGCAACAGGACCAUCGCCCUCUCCAGCCUACAUUCUCGACUAACAUUGUUCGCAUCCCUGGCCAUUACAAUAAUAAUUCACCUACACGACCGAGCAGUGCUGCUACCUCCCCUGGUCAUAUUAGCAGGAAGUCCAGUCGUAGCAGCAGUGUUGAUGCCGAGUUAGCUGCCAAGAUGGACCGCUUGAGCACAGGCGCAGGUCCGACUCAGCCUCUGGCCCGAACACUCAUCACUACCGACUUACUCUAUGCCCUCCUCUUCGUCAACUGUUCAUGCAAGUGCAAGUGCACAGAUCUACACAGAGGAACCGUCGGCAUUGCUGAGCCCUCUUGUCAUUAGCCAUACUCCAGCCCUUCCUAAUCGUUCCCUUGGACGCCAUCACACAGCCCCGACGCUUAGCUCCAUCCCUGAGACUGCGACACGAGGCAAGACGGAGAUAUCCUCCCGUGCCGUCGUGGAAACAUCCUCUCAAAGCGUUCAGGAGAUUCC